AUGAAUGGAAAGAAAAUAAUAGGCAGGACUAAGAUAUACACUAGUUGGGAUGCACAAAUGGAGAAUAGAUGGGUCCUUAAAGAGCCACAAAUAUAUGUGCCCCCAUCAAAAUGCCUUGAUAGAAAUACCAUCAAAUGGAAAACCCCUCCAUGGAGUUGGACAAAAUUGAACUUCAACGGUGCCAGUAAGGGGAAUCUGGGGGCAUCAGGUAUUGGAGCCAUAAUCUGGGAUGAUCAGGGCAAUAUCCUCCAUGGGUUGUUUGGUGGCAUUGGAGUUGCCACAAACAACGAAGCAGAGAUUCGUGCACUAGAGGCAAGACUACGACUCUGUGUUAGGCAAGGAAUUUCUAGAAUCAUAAUUGAGGGUGACUCUCAGAUUAUAAUAGAUGGGAUCACUCGGUCAAGUUUUCAUAGCUAG